AUGGACCAGAACGGCAACACCUUUUCGGUGAGGCCGCAGCAGCUGACAUUCGUGGAAGUGGGGGAGGAGGAUUUCAAUGCUGCCGAUCUCUCCUCCUUCCUCUCCUCCGUCGACUCAUUAACGGCUGAUGCAUCCCUCCUGGAGAUGGUGUGGGAGAUGUUUCUUUCAGAGCAGCCCACAGUCACGACUCAGGGAAUGUCCCGCCACGUGUAUUCUCAAAAGCGACUCACAUAUUGUAUCCUAUCCCUGCCCGCUCCUCUCAACCACCAGGCUGAUGCAUCCCUCCUGGAGAUGGUGUGGGAGAUGUUCCUUUCAGAGCAGCCCACAGUCACAACACAGGAAUUUGCAGAGAUCGCGUUUGGGGAGGCUGAGGAUCCGCUAGUGCCGCACUUUGCCGCCCACCGAAUGCUGACUGCCGACCGCAUCUUCUUCAAGAGAGUCCGCGGUGCCGCCCACUCCUUUGAGCUGCGCCCGCCCGUGCAGGUGGAGCAGCUGAGGAAGCAGGCAGCAGCGGAGGCAGCAGUGCGAGCAGAGCAAGAGGAGAUCGUGACCUGCAUUCGAGAAGCGCUGAGGCUGCCUCCAGGGCACAAGCCCUUUUCUUUUCCAGGCGAAUCAUUUCCUAACACCUCAUCCCAACCCCAUCCCAACGGCAACAGGUCAAGAGACCUGGUUCCUACAGGCGAAUGUAUUCCUUACUCCUCUCCCCUAUCCCAACAGGUGGAGCAGCUAAGGAAGCAAGCAGCAGCCGAAGCAGCAGUGCGUGCAGAGCAAGAGGAGUUCGUGACCUGCAUUCGAGAAGCGCUGAGGCUGCCUCCAGGGCAGAAACCAACACCAGAGAUCUGGAGAGAAAGGAUAGAGGGGAUGGAGAGAGCAGAGGAGCAAGGAGGGGCAGGAGAGGAGGGUGAAGGAGGAGGAGGGGAGGGGGAAGGGGAGCGGCAGGGGCAUGGGAUUGGGGGGGGACGUGGCGGCCCGGGAUUGGCUGCGAGGAUGCAGGCACUGUUGGAGUAUGCAGAGGAGAAGCCAGGUGGCAACACGGCAUUGGCUGAGGAGUCUCUGCAACUCCUUGGCUGUGUGAGGACCCCGGAAGCAGCCUGCGACCUGCUCGUCCGCGCCGGCGCCCUGCCACUCCACUCCCUCUCCUUCCGCCUCGCUGCCUCCGCCAUGCCCGCAACCUUCCCAGCAAGUGUCGCUGAUUACUCUGCCAGUCUCGCAGCAAGCCCCCCGCCAGACCCCGACGAGAACAUACGUGUCGAUCUGACACAUCUCAAAGUCUACACCAUUGAUUCAUACGAUACAGUAGAGGUGGACGAUGGGUUGACUGCAGAAACCCUACCAGACGGCCGGAUCAAGGUCUGGAUCCACGUGGCUGAUCCGAGCCGCUGGACGAGGCUCGGGGACAGGCUCGACACGGAGGCUCGGAAACGGGCCACGUCCGCGUAUUUCGCCACGGGAGCUGUGCCUAUGAUUCCGUUUUCCCUUGCUGCUGGUCCCAUGAGCCUCUCUCUUCCUCCUACUCCUCCUCCUCCUGCUGCUGCCGCUGCUGGUGGUGCUGCUACUGGAAAUUCCGCUUCUGCAGUCGUCUGUGCGGUUACUGUAGCAGUCACACUGAAUCCGGAUUUUAGCAUUGAUGACGUGGACAUCAUGAAUUCUUUCAUCUGCCCGACCUAUCGCCUAGCCUACGACCAGCUGCCCGAAAUGCUUGCAAUGGCGGGCGAACACGAACCAGAGCUUCUCCUCCUAUCAGACGUUGCCGCCGGCCGGUUACGCUACCGCUUGCAAAACAAGGCGGCAAACAUUUCCAUCCCCGAAUCCGACAUAAAAGUCUUUUCAGCCACGUCACACUGCCCGGAAAUCUCGGUCAGCACGAUCGACCAGUCCGACCCGUCCCGAAGGCUCGUGUCCGAAGCUAUGGUUCUCUGCGGCGAGGCUGUGGCUAGGUUCGGCGCCGAACGUGACUUGCCGCUGCCGUACCGAGGCCAAGGCCCUCCGGACAGAAUGACAGAUGAGGAUGAGGAGGAUAUGCAAGCGCUUCCCGAGGGGCCGUGUAGGGCGGUGCAUUUGCGAUCGUUUAUGAGUCGCAGUGAGAUUAAGUGCUCCGGGCCGAUUCCGCAUGCUGGGCUGGGACUGCAGGGAUACGUGCAGUUCUCAUCACCGAUUCGAAGAUACUCGGACCUGCUGGCACACUAUCAGGUGAAGGCCUUGCUACGGGGUGAGCCCCCUCCGUUAUCGGUAUCCGAUCUCGACACAAUCGUAUCGCACUGCGCCGCUCGGCAACGGGAAGUCCGGCGGGCGGAGGGCGCGGUGGAACGCUACUGGCUGCAGGAGUACCUGCGCCGGCUGCCGGCCAAUACCGUGCUGACAGCUGUCAUGCUCAAGUGGCUCCGGGCUGACGGCAGCCCGCUGGCCCUUAUGCUGGUGGAGGAGGUGGGGAUGGAGACAGUAAUGAAGAUGCAGCGGGACGUACGAGUGGGUGAUUCUGUAGAUGUGAUUAUAGCAGAGGCAGACCCUGCAAGGGACAAGCUGCGGCUAGUGGAAGCACCUCCCAGCUACAGGGAAGCUCAGAUGAGAAGUAUAAUGGAUGGGGAAGGAGAUGAAAGAGGGGUGGAGGAUGCUGGGGAGGAGGGAGGAGGGGAAGGGGAGUUGGAAGCUGGGGAGAGGGAGAGCAGUGGAGAGGCAUGGGAGGAUAGUGUAGACAUUGAGGCUCAGCCACUUGCGAAGCUGUGA